CUAAAACAUAAUACGGUGCAAACAAACCAAACCAAACCACCCACAGAUAACAGUAUAUACAAGCAAGCGUCGUCAGGCAGGCCGGGUCAAUAUCAAUUGGGCAGGUAGGUACAGGGGGAGCAAGCGGAGAAUGGUCGGGGUCACAGGCCAGGUUCAGCAGGUAGCAAGCAGCAUAGUACAGAGGGUCAGGCAGAGGGAUGGUCCGGGUCACAAGCCAGGGAUCAGAACAGGUAGCAAGCAGCAUAGAUCAGAGCAGGAGAAGUCAGCAAAGGAACAGAAAUAGGAUGCAGGACAGAUACAGGGCCCAGGACAAACACAACACCAAGGCAGAGUCUGCAAGUCUGGCCAU